GUUUCUCCACUCCCAGAGCCUCGCCGGAUCUCCUGUUCUAGUAGUCCUUACCCCUUUCCCAGAGCAACACGUAACAAUGAUCCGUCUUGUGUGCUGACCUCCUCCGUUCACUUGCCCUCUAUAUAAACAGACCACACACAGAUGGACGAAAACCCUCACCGAGUUUGUAGCCUCUGAUCUGUGUCCUGCAACAUGAGCCAAGAACAACAAAGAAGGCCGGACGACCAACCCAUAAGGUAUGGCGACGUGUUUCCCGUUUCCGGGGAGCUCGCCGGCCAGGCCAUCGCCCCCGGGGACGCGGCCAUGAUGCACGCCUCCGAGAACAAGGCCCGGGGGUGACCCCCAAGGGUGGCCCCGCCUCCGUCAUGGAGUCCGCUGCCAUGCGCAACAAGCAGCGUGGCCUCAUCGGCCACACAACCAGUUCAGCCCCACCCCGGCCAACCAGGGCGUGUCCGUCACCCAGACCGAGAUCCCUGGCUGCACCGGCCAACGCCUCGUGACCGAGUUUGUCGCCGGCCAAGUAGGUGCAGAUCGCCGUAUCUAUCUGAAACUAUUACAGAGACCAUACCUGAUCAUGUUGGGCGAUAGGCUGUGGGUCAGUAUGUGGUCAACGCUGGAGCCGGAGAUGGCCGCGCAGCAGGCGGCGGCCAAGGUGAGGAAAGGGGCCAAGGACUCGGUGGAUUAUCGACAUGGACGGACAAGAUGACCAUCGGGGAGGCACUAGAGGCGGCAGCAAGGGCAGCGGGGGACAAACCGGUCGAGAUGAGCGACGCCGCGGUGAUCGAGGCGGCCGAGUCGGCCGCGACGGGGCUCAAGACUGUCUUGCGAGGCGGCAUGGCAGCCGCCGGGCAGAGUGCUGCCAUUCUCAACGCCCGUGCGUCUCGUGACGAAGACAAGACGAAGCUGCGCGACGUCCUGCAGGUAGCAUCGAUCGAUCACCCUACCACAUAUGCGUGUUGUUCCUUGGUGUUGCAGGGACGACUGGCCGAUGCUCGAGGCUCAACUUCAACAAUAUAUAUAUAUAUAUAUAUAUAUAUAUAUAUAUAUAUAUAUAUAUAUAUAUAUAUAUGGAGGGGGAACGCCGAGCGGGUGGUGAGGGCGGAGAUGCGGAACAACCCCGAGUUGCGCCGGUGCCCCGGCGGUGUAGCGGAUUCCAUCGCCGCCGUAGCGCGGUCCAAUGAAGAGCCUUGAUGCUUUGCGCUCCGUAGCUACUGCCUGCCUCCCUGCGAUCUCAUUCGUUGCCCAGCGAAAUAAGAUCAUCGUUCUCCACCGAAUGGUUUCUCUUAUUAGCUGCUGCGACCAUUGAAAUCGAUCAACCAAUCGUAAAUCUUGGAAAUUUCUUUUCCUUCUUGCCGAUAAUAGGACUCAUUUAUCCGUCGCUGAAUGCCCAUUAUUUGUCCGCCGCAAUAAAAAUUUGGGGUUACUGAAUCAAAUAUGGAGUUCAUUGGGCAAGCACGGGCCUUAAGUCUCAUGAGCUGCGUUAGGGCCUCUUCUCAUCGAGAUCACACACUUGUCAUCCUACUCCAUGGCCAACAUAUGCAAGAACCAAACUUAUGUCAA